AGAGGGAGGGAGAAAAAAAAAGCGCGAGGGAAAGAGACGGAAGCCGGGAGGUUUUUCCUAAGGUACUUGGACUUGUCCCUUUAAAGGGCCUGGUGUGUUUUUUUUCCCUUUUGCGGGAGGGGGUGGGGCGGUGGGAGUCGUACGCGCACGCGCGCGCACUGGCUCCCUCAUCCCUCCUUCCCUCGUUCGGUUCCAGGGGGAAGAAGAGUGGAGCGAUGGAGCGCUGGGCGGCGGCCGCUGCUGGCUGGCCGGGAUGGGCCGGGUUGUGGGGGGCUUCGUGGGCCCGCUGGCCGACCUGGGAGCUGCUGGCCGCCUGCGCGGUAAUCGGCGCCCUAGGCUGGAUGCUGCGCUUGCUGGAGAGGAGGCCCGGCGGCCGACGCCGCUGCCAAGGCCCCGGACCUGCCGCCAAGGGGGCCUCCUCGCCCGCCGCUUCAACUCCGCCGCCUCCUGCUGCCGAGGAGAAGCCGCGCUGCCGCGGGAGCCCCCGCCAAGGAACGGUAACAAUGGAUGCUAUUUUAUCACGAUUAAAGCAGCUAACUUCUGAUGAGCUCAGAGAAGAGAUCGUUAAAGCUGGACAGAAAUGUGGGCCUCUUACACUUACAACGAGAUCAAUUUUUGAAAAAAGAUUGGCCCAGGCACUAUUGGAACAGCAAGGAGAAUUAGAGGCAAAAAACUCGCUUUUGAAUGGUGCACUUGGAACUGCUGCAGCUGAUGCCAGCCAACUGCAAACAAAGAAACCUUCAAGGAAUCAAAAUGGUCACAUAGGCUCCUCUGAGGAUGGUGAUUUUGGGUACAAUAUGGGUUUGAACCCACCAGAAGAGGAAGCUCUAAUGCACAAAGCAGAUGAUGACUCUCUGAUCAGUUCUCAGACUCCAUCUAAGGAGCCUCUGCUAUACUAUGGUGUAUGUCCGGUUUAUGAUGAUAUAUUGACAAGAAAUGAGAGGGUGCAUGUAUAUGAGGAUAAAAAGGAAGCCUUGCAAGCUGUUAAAAUGAUAAAAGGUUCAAGAUUUAAAGCUUUCACAAAUAGGGAAGAUGCAGAGAAAUUUGCCAAAGGCAUAUGCGACUAUUUCCCAUCUCCAAACAAGCCCUCAUCUUUGUCACCUGUGAAAGUUUGUUCAGUGUUCAACAGAGACGGCUUAUGCUCUCCUGAGAUGGAAACAGUUAGUAAAGAGAGAGCCAACAGUUAUAAAAGUCCCCGUACGCAGGAUCUUACUGCCAAGCUUCGGAAGGCAGUUGAGAAAGGAGAUGAAACAGCAUUCUUGGAACUUAUCUGGAGUAAUCCUCGCUAUCUCAUUGGCUCUGGAGACAACCCGACAAUUGUUCAGGAAGGCUGUAGAUACAAUGUCCUGCAUGUUGCAGCCAAGGAGAAUCAAGCUGGUAUCUGCCGGUUGCUAUUGGACACUUUGGAAAAUCCUGAAUUUAUGCGACUGAUGUAUCCUGAUGAUGAUGAGAUAAUGUUACAGAAACGCAUCGGAUACAUUGUUGACCUUUAUCUUAACACACCAGAUAAAGUGGGAUUUGAUACACCACUACAUUUUGCUUGCAAAUUUGGGAACGCAGAUGUUGUUAGUGUGCUUGCUUCACAUCCAGAUAUUGUAAAGAACCCAAGGAACAAGUACAACCAAACUCCAUCACAAGUUGUUUGUGAAAGAAGUAAAAAUAAAACUGUGGAUCUGAAAGAGAAAAUCAGGGAAGACUUGAAAGGUCAGUGUUAUGUGCCACUCUUCAGAGCAGAAGACAAUGCCUCACCACCUGUGAUCGGACCACCUGUGAUUGGAGCACCUUGGUCACCUGAUCAGCCAGAAGAUAGCCCUCAUGCUUCUUUACCCAGAUAUUUUGCCAGCCCCAAAGAUCCUGUGUUGACAGUAAGGGCUUAUGGAGGCCCAAUGAGCCCUUCUAAGGCAGAAGAGUUCCACAGACUUUGGAAGACUCCACCUCGAGAGCGAGCAGGAUUUUUUAACAAUCUCAGAAAAUCUGAUGUGGAAAGAGGCGUUGAAAGAGUUGGAAGGGAGUUAGCUCAUGAACUGGGGUUCCCGUGGGUUGAAUACUGGGAAUUUCUGGGCUGUUUUGUUGAUCUGUCUUCCCAGGAGGGGUUACAAAGGCUAGAAGCAUACCUGAGUCAACAGGAAAUGAGCUAUAAGGCUCAGCAAGAGAAAGGGGAGAAUGAAACCCACAACAGAUACAAAACCCCACAGCUUUCUGGCAAAAGUAAAAAAAGCUGCAAUUCUAUUUCCGUUGGGGCAUUUCUUGAUGAUGAUGAUAUGAGUUUGGAAGAAGUCAAGAACAGGCAGAAUGCUGCCAGAAAUUGCAGCCGAACCGUUGCAUCCAAUGAACCAACCAUCACUGACAUCAGAAGCUCAGAGUGUGACAUCCUGUCCAUUGAGCGGACUGAAAGCAUAUUGCCUACAGCAGAAACUUCUGAUAGGCACUUGGAGAAAGGAGUUCCUGCCAGUAAAAAUGGAUUGUGUAGCACUGUGACCAGUGAUAGGACAGUAAAUCCUCAUAGGAGGCACCCAAGUCGAGGAGAAGAGUGCCUUCAGUCUCCGGUCUCCAAUUUAAUGGAAGAAUUUGAUAAGCUGUCUUGUCAGGAUCAGAUGGUGGCAGGAGAAUGUUCACCAGAGAAGCCAAGCCAGGCUGCCACAAAAAGCGGGUGUGGGAGUGCUCAGAUGGAAAGUACAAGGCAGCUUAGAAAACCUAAGGACCAUCUCACUAAGACUUAUUCACCGCUUCUCAAGGCAGGUGCAGCUGCUGAGGAUACAAAAAUAAGGACAGGAGAAAAAACACCACUAGAAGCGGGGAGGCUGUCAGCAGAAACUGAUGUCUGGGGAGGGGAGACAAAACAGUCUUGCAAUUCUGAAUUGCAGUUCGAGAUGUCCUCGCAGUGUCUCCUCAAAGUCUCACCCUCAAAUGAAAAAGCCAAGCAGCUGUUUCUCUUAGGGGAGCAGCCUACAAAGCUGGACAAUGAUGUGUUAACAGCAUUACAUGGGUUGGAGAUUGACCCACAAAAAUACCCUGCUGUUUACAAGUGGAGUGUGUCCGUUCAGUCCUACGCUCCUCCUGACCGGCAAAGUUGGUCAACUCCAUCAAUAAAAGGAAGAUUCAAGUCUCAAAUAGCUUCAAGCCCUUCAAGUGGUCUGGCAUGCUGUAGCCCAGGAAAGAGCAGUCCAGUAUUUGGUAGUCCUGGGAAGUACAAUGUAGGUGCUGCCAGCUUCUCACCUGAUUCUGGGAGCCCUGGAUGGUACAGCCCAGCAUAUGUGAACUAUGUUAUGUUAUCUAAGCGCCAUCACUUCUAAGCACCCGCUCAUCAAUUAGAAUGUGACUCUUUUAAAAAUUUCAGUUAAGUAUUUUUAAAAGGAAGGGGUAAAAUAGGGUGUUAAAACACACAAAUAAUGUACCCCAGACUCAUUUUAUUUAUUAUUGUCAGAGAAAGGGCUGCUUGUAGCAAAUAUUUUUUAUUCCAUUUACCGGAUUAUUGGUGAUUUGCAGAUGAAUAAAUUAAAUUUCCUAGAACCUACUUUUCUUGGGCAUUUAUCCAUGUCCAUUUUACUAAUUGUACAGUGCUUCUCACUGGGAUCCCUUUCACUGUAGACUAAAGGGAACUCAAGGCAAGUUGUCAAGUUUUAAGGUCUUCCAGUUGAGCUGAAAGGAGGAAAGCUCUUUUCUAUGUAUGUAGACUGCAAAUUUAUGGUUUGUUAAUUUAUCUAAUUAAAGAUAUUUUAAAAGAGCCAAACACUUUAGUGUCCUAUGUUCUUAAUGAUAGAAAUGAAUAUCAUGGGCAGAUUUUGCUGUUCUUCGGGGUUGAGGGGGGCACAUUAGCAUUGGCCUUUCAUUUAAAAGUUAAGUUUGUUAGCUACAGGAAAACUAAUUCCCUUUUGGAGACUUCUGGAAUAGAUAAUGCAGCUGCCAUUAAAAUGUCAACCUUCGGGCAGCUGAAGUUUUGACAUUUUGGAAUGACUUCUUCAGACCUUCUGUAUUCACUGCAAGCCUUUUUAGUAGCCUAGAUCUCUACUGCACAUAGAGCUUUCGUGGCUUCCUUAUAUCAAGUGUGAGCAUUUUGUAUGAUGUUUUGGUACAAAACUCCAGAACCGCACUUAAGAUUCUUCCAGUUUUAUUAGUGCCUUUUGUAACAUUUUUAUCUUGCUUUUUAAUAAGUGCUGUUCUCUUAUGUAAGCAGUAACCAUGUUUAACUUUCCAACACUUUUGGAUGGAGGUUUUUUUAAGCUGUUCCCUUAUAGUUUAAAGACUUGAAGAGAUGCUGUAACCAUCCAUUUAUUAUUUUGUAUAUUUAAUGUAGGUGGUCUAAAUGUAAAUUACAGAAUAAAUAUUUCCAGAUUGGCUGGGUCUUUAUCAUAAUCCCAUUGUUUAAAUGGGCAUGCAAAUAUACAGCCUCUCUUGGGUGCACUUCAAUUCCCUUACAUGACUAUUCUUUUCUGUAUAAUUUUCCAAUAAAUUAGAGUGCUGUUCAACAGAUAUACAUAUUGAAGCUGCCUUCUAAUAUAGGUUUCUAUGACUUUGACAAGAGACUAUAGAAGUAAUUUCUUGACUUUUGUAGUGGAAUAUUUAGAUGUGCUUAAUUUAGAAGUCAGCUUUUAUAAAUCUUUCACCAUGGUAUAUAGUUAUCUAGGAAAUCUAAACCAACUUAAAAUAGCUUGCUAAAAACACUGAGGUACGAAGCCUUCCACAAUAUUGAAAAUAAGCUCUCAACACUCACUGAUCUUUAAGCGAAUAUAUGCCACUGUUCCCUUACGUGAAGCUCUCUAUGGUGCAUAAAGAGCAUUCUUGCUUAGAAUCUUCAGACUGUUGGUUUUAGAAGAGAACCAACUUUAAGAAAUUGACAGUGUUUUGUUGUAACUUCUUUGCUUUAUCCUUGUUAUGCAUACCUUUUUGUAUUUAAGAGUAGGGGUUGUAGUGACCAAGUCAUACUUGGAGCAGACCCAAUGAAAUUAAAGGACCCAAGUUAGUCACGCUCAUUAAUUUCAAUGGGUGUACUCUCAGUAUGACUCACACUGGAUAUAACCCUGUGUUGCAGCAGCACAAGCCCAUCAGUUUGUAACACUUGCCCGGGGGGGGGUGUCUAAAGGGUUGGUGUUAGAAACAUAUCAAUGUUUAGAAUUCACAUUCAAGUCCUUUUUGUCAAUGUGUUCAAGUGAAUUUUUAACAAUCUUAUUAAAUUUGUUUAUUUAAAAA